AUGGCUGCAUCACCGGCCUCUACACCCCCCGCCCCACCCAGAUCCUCCCCCGAAGCCUCUCCCAGAGCUCUGCCCAAGGACGAGCCCCCGGCGGGUUUCCACUAUCUAGUGAACGACGAGGUCCCCUCGACUCCGAAAUGGAAGUCGUCCUUUGCCCUCGCGGACAAGCUCGAGGAGGACAAGGCCUGGGCCAGUGGUACCUUGCCCGCCGGCAAGAAUGACGACCCCAACAAGCGUCCUAUGUGGGCCAACAAGAGAAAGGAGCGGCGCAUUUCCCUUCAGUUGCCCACGAUACGUCACGAACCUGCGGAAAAGGAUGCUGACGAUUUGCUUCCGAUUGCCAGUCCCAUGAGCGCGCGGCCCUCGCCAGACAAGCUGUAUUUCCCGGGCCGAGCCAAGUCGCUCGAGGGCAUCGCACUCCGAGCCUUUUGCCUGGGCAUCACCCUCAGCUUGUCCGCGGUUGCUGUGGCUUCUAUUCUCGUCUUCUCCUCCUCUCCGCUAUGGCGAGUGCCCUUCUUCUUCGCCGCGCUUUCCGUCUUCCACUUUCUCGAGUUCUGGACCACCGCAAAGUACAACACGCAGGAGGCCAAGGUUGAGUCGUUCCUCCUGACCUCGAACUGGCCAAUGUACUUCAUUGCGCACACGUCCGCAACGGUGGAGUGCUUCUUUACGAACUUGAUCUGGCCGAACCGCUCGUGGGCACCUCUGUACACGGGCAACAUCCUGCUUCUCAUUGGCCUCAUACUUGUUUUUAUUGGACAGUUCGUCCGCGCCACGGCCAUGUCCCAGCUGGGGACCAAUUUUAACCACAUAGUCCAGGAGAAGCGGAGAACGGGCCAUGAACUGGUUACUACAGGCCUAUAUGGAGUCAUGCGACACCCAUCCUACUUUGGUUUCUUCUACUGGGGAAUCGGAACUCAGUUGGUGCUCGGAAACCCGAUAUGCUUUGUUGGCUACCUCGUCGUGCUCUGGAAGUUCUUCUCCCAGAGGAUCAGGGCAGAGGAGGCCUAUAUGAUCCGCUUCUUUGGGGAAGACUACAACGAGUACAAAAAACACGUAUCCACGAUGAUACCAUUCAUCCGUUAA